GCAAGAUGAACCGGCGCAACAGCCAGACCCUGUGUGGCAGCAGCGACUUUCUCAUCUGUGGGAACUGCCAGAGAGUGCUAAGGAAGUGAUGUAGGAGUAAGAUCUGUGGGUCAGAAGGUUGCCCUUCCAUGUUGUAUAUCAUCCGCCUGGAACCUGUGACAAGGAGGUUAUUGGUUAAGUUAAAUAUGAACUACUUGCAUGCUGGACCUUGUAUCACCCAGCAGGAUAAGAAAAUGCUAAUUCCUCAGGCUUCAAGAGGACCAAGUGCCUUUAUCCCAGAGAAAGAGUUUGGCCAAGCAAACGAUGUGAAUAAGCUGACCAACAGGCUGGCAGAAGAGUACAGCACAUCUGGGCGCCUGGAUAAUAUCACUCAAGUUAUGAGUUUCCACCCGCAGUAUCUGGAAUCCUUUCUGCGCACACAGUUCUACAUGCUCCGCGUGGAUGGGCCCCUACCGUACCAUUACAGACACUACAUAGCCAUUAUGGCAGCAGCCAGGCACCAGUGUGUGUACCUGAUAAACAUGCACGUGGAAGAGUUUUUGAGCACUGGAGGUUCAGCGGAAUGGCUCAGUGGCUUGGAAUACAUACCUCAAAAGCUGAAGAAUCUCAAUGAAAUCAAUAAACUGCUGGCACACAGACCCUGGCUGAUAAGGAAAGAGCACAUACAGAAACUGGUAAGAACAGGAGAGAAUAACUGGUCUCUGGCUGAGCUGUUACACGCUGUGGUAUUGCUGGCUCAUUACCAUGCACUAGCAAGCUUUGUAUUCGGCAGCGGUAUAAACCCAGAAAGAGAUCCAGAUACCCAGAAUGGUCUCCAAACAGCGGUGAGAAACAAGUUCUGUGUGUGCGAUCUUGCCAAUGACAACAACAUAGAAAACACAUCUCAGACAAGUAAUGAUGCCGAGCAAAAUAGGGACUAUGAAAGUGAAUUAGAAGCACUGAUGGAAAGAAUGAAAAAACUCCAGGAGGAAAGAGAGGACGAAGAGGCUUCCCAAGAAGAAAUGGCCACACGUUUUGAAAAAGAAAAGAAAGAAAGUCUGCUUGUCAUUUCUGGAGCCUUUGAUGAAGAGGUAAUCUCCAUGUCAAACGUCUCUCGUUAUAUCGAAGACCCCGGCUUUGGCUAUAAGGACUUUGCCAGGCGAGGAGAGGAGCACUUGCCUACAUUCCGAGCUCAUGACUACUCUUGGGAAGAUCAUGGCUUUUCCCUGGUGAACAGACUGUACUCUGACAUUGGCCAUCUUCUAGACGACAAGUUCCGGAUGGUGUAUAACCUCACCUACAAUACUAUGGCCACACACGAAGACGUAGAUACCACCAUGCUACGAAGAGCCUUAUUUAAUUACGUGCACUGUAUGUUUGGCAUCAGGUACGAUGAUUAUGAUUAUGGAGAAGUUAAUCAGUUACUGGAGCGCACUCUGAAGGUUUACAUUAAAACAGUCACGUGCUACCCUGAGCGAGCCACCAAGCGCAUGUAUGAUAGCUACUGGCGUCAGUUCAAGCACUCGGAGAAGGUGCAUGUGAACCUCCUUCUGAUGGAAGCCCGUAUGCAAGCCGAGCUCCUCUACGCUCUCCGUGCCAUAACGCAGCACCUGACCUGAGGGGCCCCUCCUUCUCUCUCGGCGCCUGGAGCAGUCUGUGAUGUAGCACCCAACAUAUAUGCAUACCUAGUGUCAGAGUUUGCCCAUAUUCUGUGGGGUAAUGUGCAAUGAUCUCCCCUCUUUGUUUCCCCCUGCCUAUUACUAACGUUAGCAGACGUAGCACUACUAUUUCCUUUUAUUCUCAUUUUUAUUUUUCUACUGUUCAGCAGUACCUGGUAUACUGACAGCAUUUCCAUUGCGUUUUCUAUUAGAACGAGAUAUUUUGUGUUUUUUCUUUUUUUUUUUUUUGAAAGCCUAUAUGGACUGGCUUGUACUGGUGUUUUCUACAACAGGAACGAAUAUCCCAUCACACAGACAAAUAAGCUGUACUGUUUGUGGCCGGCAAUACGGCUGGAAGGACUGAUUUAGUGCCAUAAGUGGAAUCCCUUGUUCUGCAUAGGUUUUGCUACCAAUAUGAAGCUUCUCGGGUGCCCGGGACUCACUAAAGCGGCCAAAAAGGACUUUAUACGAAAGGCUUUCCCGACCAAUCAAAUGUGAAAUGGAACUGUGCAGUUACAGCCUAUUUUCGCAGCAGUGCUACUGAAUCGCUUUCGUGUUAACCCUUUGAGAACCUGCAAUGCCAGGAGGGUAAAACCGAAGACAAGUCUGGAACGUUUGAAGUCCACGUAUUCCUUAUCUAAGAGUGUAGCCAAGGUGUAUUCAUUCUAAUGAGUGCGGCAAGUUACCCUUGGGUAAGGAGGGGGGGGGGUAGGACAAGAGGGGUAGGACAUGGCUAUGUUUGAUUCAUGAAAGAAAUAGGAGGCUGAAAGCAUAUUCAAGAUGGAAUUUGUGCUGGAAUUUAUAUUUAAGCUACUGGGGUGUGAGAGGUCCACCAGGGCUGUUACCCCUGGGCCCCCCUGCUGGGGGGGGGGUGACUGCCACUGUAGAAUCCUAAACCAUGCCAUUGGGUCUCUCAGUGCUUGGCAAAACUGCAUCAGUGCAGUAACCUAUAGCAACCAAUCAGAUAUUUGCUUUCACUAUUCAGCCUGCAGCAUGACUGAUGAUUGGCAGAUUGACCGCCGUGCUGUCAGUAUAUAUUAGUCGGGCCAAUUACAAAAUCAUUUUAGGGCCCCCCCUAAACUUUGGGUAGAAGACAUUUCUCAUAAACCUAUGCUUAUUGGUCCACACUGGGCCCCCAGGCAGUGACAGGGGUCUGCUUGCUUUAUGGGUUACCUCAAUGAGGCAGUUUUGCCCAGUGUUAGUAAAUGAGACCCAAUUACAGGUGGCCGGUUGGACCACAGUCCUAUUUAGUAGGCAAGAGACCCUGGUUAGAAGUAAUGUGUAAUGUGUGAUGGUAGAACUUGUACAGAUCUUAUAACAGCCCAAGGUGCCUAAAGGUGAAAGUUAUUGUUAAAGGGUGGCUCUCCUUUAAGUUAACUGUUAGUAUGUUACACAAUGGCCUAUUUUUAGCAGCUUUUCAAUUGGUCUUGAUUUAUUAGUUUUUAUAGUUUGUUUUAUUUGCCUUCUCUCAAAUGGGAGAUGGGGGUCCCUGACCCCAGUAAUAUUGCUCUAUCAUUUUUGCUACUGGUUAUUACAUAUCUUUCUACUAAGGCCCCCGGACUAUUCAUAUUCCAGACUCUUAUUCCAGUUGCUCUCUGGUUGCUAGGGUAAAUUGGACCCUAGCAACCAGAUAGCUGCUGGAAUCCCUAACCGGAGAGCUCCUAAACAAAAAACUUAAAAUAAUUUAAAAAUCAGGACCAAUUGCAAACUGUGUACUUACUAAAAGUUAAGUUAAAGCACAGAGAACAUAUAUUUUCAUUUGGAGGUUCUCUGCAUUUCCCUUUUCUCCCCAGACGGGGGAGCUAGCCUUUGUCCUUCUCAAACGCAUAUACAAAAUAUCUGCCUCUAUGUAUUUGUAAGCUGCCAUAUUACUGGCCACUGAGGCAGUUAGUAUGGCAGCGCUCUCUCAUACAUGAAAAUGGGUCUAACAGGCCCAUAGCAACCAAUCAGCAAUUAGAUUUGAACGGAUACCUACAAGUCAGAAAACAAAAGCAAAGAGCUUCCUAUGGGCAACAUCACCGAGUGGCGACGACCCUAACUGUCAAUUUACUUUCCAUGCACUUCCUGUAUUCAGUUAACCCUUUGAUUGCUGACACCAAGCUGAGCCAAAAGCCUGGUAUUAACAGUCUAAAUAUUAGGGAUGCACGGAACCCAAAUCCAUCCCAAGGGAUUCGGCCGAAUACCGAACCAAAUCCUAAAGCUAAUUAGGUUCCGGAAGGUGUCGUGAAAUUUUUUUCACUUCCGUGUUCAUACGAACAAUCAUUCGGCCGAAUCCUGGCUGAAUACCGAACGGAAUCUUGGAUUCGGCGCAUCCCUACUAAAAAUGCAAAUAUCUGUAAAUGACAAACGUGUGUAGAGAAAGCACCUUUAGUAACUUCAUAUCAAUUUUAUUUUUGCCGUUAAUAUGAGCUUUUAGUACGAUGUAGACGUUAGUUUCCUAAGACACUGUGCAAUGAAAAAAAUAUUUACAUUUGUUCUAUUCUGCCUUUCCCAAGCUUGGCAUUUUAACGGCUGCAUGGUUGUUAGGGCUCUAUGACCCUAGCAACCAUGCAGUCGUUUGUAAGUCAAAAUAAAAGAUCAGCCGAAGAGGGGCUGAAAUGAAAGGCAAGCCAUAAAAAAAAAAUGGCCCAGUUUUAGUAAGUUCUCCUUUAUUAUCCAGCCUGCCCAACCAAGUGACGCUGGUUCAGGGUCGGACUGGGCCGCCGGGAAAAUACCCAGUGGGCCCAUCGGCGCAGACCCGACCCUAUUGCCGCUUCCUCUGGCCUCUGAUGUCCUCCCCUGACGCGUUUCACAUACGUGUUCAGGGGAGGACGUUGGACAAGGGGGGUUGGUUAAGGGGUGCGCGGAUGGAGGAGGCACCUUGGGGGGUGCGGUGCCCCUGGGGCGGCAGCCCCGGUGGGCCCCGCACCCCCCAGUCCAACCCUGCAUUGGAUUAUACAGAAUCCCUUUAUAGUAAAUAGGCAAGGGUAUAUAAAGCAUUACUAUUGGUUGUUGGGAAACAGAGGAGCACUUGUGCAAGGACAUAUCAGUGGAACCCUAUAUAUCCACAUAGAGCCAAUCACAAACCAGCCUUUGCACAUAUUAUUCUGGGUUCCAUAUUCCUUAAAAGACCAGGCUGCCUUUUUUUUUUUUUUUUUCAUGAUUUAUGUACAAAAUAUAGAUAUUUUUAUUUAAAUCCCUUGAAAUGUUUACUUAGAGUUCAGUCAGAGGGAGGGGGGCAAACCAGCAGCUCUCCCAGCAUCCCCUCUGUCAGCCUUGCGUUGCUGGGAGUUGUAGUUCCCAAGAGCUGCAAACGUCUCCCCUCGCUGUUAAACAUUUUACCUUUAGCCUCCAAAGCUGUGAUGACAAGUCUGCCUUGUUAGUGAACAAAGGUAAAGUGCAAUAUCCGCCUGUAUAUAGGGCAAAGCUUGCCCAGAGAAGUGGCCUUUAGCGUUAGAUAUUUCUAUGGGGAAGGGUGGAAGGGAGUCGAUUCGGUGAAGCAGCCGCGUUUCCUCCAUUAGCACACGUUUAAUAUGAUAUGAAAUAUAUCCUGUAUUUUUACACUUGCCCUUUAAAUACGCCCUAUAAUAUAAACAUAGGAAGUGGGCGGGAUAAAACCGUUGUCCAAUGAUUAAAGGGGACCUGUCACCCUAGAAAAUGAUUCCAAAUCCUUUUCUGUCAUGUUUGAUACACUUCACUUACACUGUAUAAACUAUUUCAUUUUCUUUCCCUUCAGUCUGGGAAUUUACAGUUGCAGCCAGCAGGUCGGCGCCAU